AGAAGACGGUAACGAACCCACCCUCGACUUGAGAUUCUCCAAUCCGCAGUGUAGUUGGGGUCUAGAGAUAUAGGACGCGUCCAGCUGGCUUCUCAGUACCCUCUUCAUUGACCCUCUGAUUGUGCAGGGAUCCCCCUGACACAUCACCUGCAUCGAGGCUACGUUUCGUGCCGUACACCGUCUCCUUGUUGUAGCAUCACGAUUCUCUAAUUUCUUUUUAUCGUCCAUGGCUUUUGCCACGCGACGACGCCCUCCAGCGUUGGAUACAGCAAUUGCUUCUUACCAGCCAACCCAAUAUGCUUCUGACAAUCCUGUACUGAGUGACCCGAGUAAUCACUCCGCUGCGGGACCAUCCAGAUCUCGCUCUCCAACAGGAAGAGGCGUUGCUGUAGUUAAUGAUGAGAACGAGCCAGUUGUUCCCUAUCCUGCGGAGGAUGAUCAAUUUUCACCAGCUGGAGACGACUUUGUGCUUGCCAUGCACGAUUUUGUUCCUGUUGCUGCCAACGUUCAGUGCCUUAGUUUUCGGGCCGGACAGGUAGUUCGCGUCCACAACCGUGAUCCGACAGGAUGGUGGGAUGGAGAGCUUGAGGGGCGACGGGGGUGGUUUCCAAGCAACUAUGUCAGCGCUCAAGCUACUGGGUCCACUCACUCUCCACCAUCUCGCCAUAAAAGGUCUCGCAUCCGCCAUCGACACCACCUUAGCCGUGAUAAGUCAUUGCGCUCUUCAAAUUCACGCGGGAAACAUGCUCAGACAUCUCCCUCAGAGGACACGCAUGGCGUUCCUGCUGUUCUGGUUUCUCUAGUCCAAGCUCUUUCUCUUCUCCAAAACGCCGUGACCGCGCGCCGCAUAAAUCACUUUCAGCCUUCUACAGCGUGUGUAAUAUCAUGCGUUCGCUCAGUCCUUUCCGCCACCGACUGUUUAGGACGGGACUCUCCGGCAUUGGCUCAGUUUCCAAAACUCGCUUCUGCUCGCAAAGUCGUCCUGACCGAUCUCGCGAAGCUGGUAGCUCAAGCCCGGAAAGCAUCUGAGUUCGUGGCUCCAGAUGAUGAGGAAUUAGAUUUCGAAAUUGGCGAGAUGAUGAGCAUUGGGGAGACUGUGUAUCUGCAUGUCCGCAUGUUUCUAAACGUAGCCGUGGAUUGUGGACUUCAGCUUCCAGAGAGAAAGGGAUCAUCUCCUGUAGAAGAAGCGUACGAGCGAGCGAUAGCUGCCUCAAACCGCCCCCCAGGCGACGACAUUGUCCGAGGUCGGCGAUUGAACGACGAUCGGGAUGCGUCCUCGUCUAAGUUGAGAGCAAGAAGUAUGGUUGACUUCCGAAGAUCCCGAAGUGCCCUCCCACCCAAUUCCCCCUUAUUCCAACCAUCCGAUCCCCAGCCUCCCCCAAUUCCCUCAAGUGCGAAUACCUCUGAUGCUGAACAAACCCCUGGGUAUGCCUCACAUGGGUUCUUUCGUAGAGCCCCUAGUCCGAAGUCGACGCACAAUAGUGGUUCAUCUAUGUCUUCGCUAGGAGCUGAUGCUGACGCCGAUGCGGCCGUGAACUGGCCAGCUGGGCCCACGUCCACCCCACAGGUUCUGGUCACACUUCGAACCACACAUGAUAGAUUACUAUCGAUCAUUGCUGCAUUCAUUGGGCAUGUCCAUUCGCAUUCACAAAGUGCGCACGCAUCAAGUAAAGGGCAUCUAAUAGAGAUGACUCGCGAGACUGUCGACCAAGUCCGUCAACUAUUAGCGCUUGUUGAUUCCGUCAUGGCUACUCCUGAGGUUGUAGAACAAAAGCCGAGAGAGUUCAUGCAGCUUGAGUCGGCUAAGUCGAAUCUAUUCGCGUACACUUCAUCACUAGUGGAUUCGAUCCGGGCAAUUACAUCCUUGCGUGCCUCAGAGAAUGAGGAUGAAGAGAAAGGAACAUGUCUCCAAGCUGCAACGGGCGCUUUGCGUGCUGGUGCCGAGUGCGUGACAAGCGUUAAGCUGUGUCUCAGUAGGCGUAUAGGAGAGGAGCCAUUCACGAUUUUUGUCCUUCCGCCACCUUCAACCGAUCCUCAUCACCCACCAAGAGCCGGUAGUCCAACAGUAUCUAUUCCCUAUUCACGAUAUACCACAUCUACGUAUGGUGAAACCAUUGAUGGACCAUACGGACCCUCCCUUAUCGGCUCUGUCAAUAACCACAUAGCCACGGAUCUUCCUGUGGUACAACAUGAUACAGAACCUCCAAGUUCCCUGGUGGAAGACCCUACUCUUCGUCCGACUCGUGAUCCCUCUUCCGAUGCCGGGCUGAAUGAGACAAAGGGCCAGGUUACUCGGGAUUCAUUGGAAGCACCCCCGUCUGUUGGGUCCCGCGGCUCAAGGACUCCAGUCACUGUCAAAUUUCCCCGUUCGGCACCGAACAUUGCUAUCAAGAUUGAUGAUGUUCCUGUUCGUGUGUCUGCAGAGUACAUCAGUAGCGACGAUGUGGAUUCAGGCUUCGUGUCGCAAGGACGCCAAAGCUUCGAGCCACUUGCUGCCCCGCCAAGACCAGAUUCAGCUGUUUUAUCGGACUCCGCUCGCCCAGACCAUCCACCUCGCAGCCUCUUGGAGGCGAAAAUGGAGAUGGGUGUACUGCCAGCGCUUCCUUCGUCUUCACCUACAAUCGAAUCGGUCGACGAGGCAUCUGUGCCUACGGAGAUUGAACUCAUGCGCAAAUCCGACGAUCCUGAUGCAUGGCUUAUGAUGUCUAACUUUGAUUCAAGGGAUCAGGCCCUGAACGCGGACGGCACGCUCAUCGGCGCCACGCUAGAAGUUCUAGUUGAAAAGAUGACGCCUGCUCUACCCACACCCGACUCAUCUUUGGCUGCUGCGUUCUAUCUUACCUUCAGACUCUUUACCACCCCCGACGAACUUCUCACUGCUGUCAUCAGCCGUUUCUCUAUUUCACCCCCCAAUCCUUCGAUGCUGACUCCCACCGAACUUCGGAUGUGGCACGACCGGAAGCUCGUUCCCGUCCGUGUCCGGGUGUGCAAUCUUCUGAAUAAAUGGCUUGAACUUCACUGGAAGCCAGAGCAAGAUAGCGUUGUCAUUCUCAGACUGAAGGACUUUAUCCAGGAAAAAAUGGUCAGCGCGUCGAACAUCAGCGCCCAUGUCAAGCGCAUCGCUGACGUGUUAGAGAAACGCGAACAAGAGGCCAACGAUGUGGCAAAUGGACCAAAAGCGCUCAACCGUGCCAAGUCGAACGACCGAUUGAAGCCGCGUCAAGUGCCACCUCCUGGUUCAACCUCUAGCGGUGUCCCACCUACACCCGUCAUGCAUAGGACCCUGCACAAUAGUUUGAUCAAGACGAACUUCUCGGCGAUUUCAAUCACCGACUUUGAUAUCCUUGAGCUUGCGAGGCAGUUGACUCUCAUCGAAAGCCGUUUAUACUGCGCUAUCAAGCCUGAGGAGUUGCUGGCCUCUGGCCAAGCCGGUGUCAGACCGGCCGAUUCUGUGAGGGCUGUGACUAGUCUCAGUACUUCUAUCACAGGUUGGGUGACGGAAUGCAUUCUGAACGAGUCCGAUACAAAAAAACGUACCGGGUUAUUGAAGUAUUUCAUCAAGCUGGCUGACCGUUGUUUAAACCAGCUGAACAACUUCAGUACGUUGCGGGCUGUAAUGGCGGCUCUUGACUCGUCAACAAUUUCUCGUCUGACGAAAACAUGGGCGGGCUUGUCCUCGCGGUCGAGAACUAUGAUGGAUGCCCUUCGCAGGGUUGUAGAUCACUCCCGGAACCACGCCGAGUAUCGAUCACGGUUACGCGCCCUUACUCCUCCGGUCAUUCCUUUUCUCGGUAUUUAUUUAACAGACAUUAUUUUCUGUCGUGAUGGGAACCCCCAGAGCCGUGCUUCCCCCCAGGACCCAAGCCGAACACUGCUCAACUUUCACCGUUACCACCAACUAGCCCGAAUUGUUCAGGGUACGUGCACGCUCCAUGCCUGGUGCCGACCUUCGCGCGUUUACUACUCCUUAUCUAUCCAGAUAUGCAAAGAUUCCAGCUUCCAUACAAUCUGGUCGAAAUCCCCGAGGCCCAGAAGUAUUUGACUGCUAUGUUUGGCGACGUAUCCAAGGGUAACGGAACUGAUUUGCAAGAUUUGUACCGGCGAAGCCUUCUCGUUGAGCCUCGUCAACUUCCAGAUCACCAAGAAAAGAGUAAAGAUCUUUUUGGGUGGGGGCGUCUGGGUGGAUCGUCAUGAUAUAUAAGAGUGAUUUCGGGGCUUGGUUUCUUUCACAUCUUUUUUAUGCCACUGCUGUCUGUAUCAUUAUUCUUUCGAGGAUGGACAUGGUUCUGUAGCUUCUCACUUUCGUCCCUAAUUGAUCAUACCUUUGGGUGUAUGUACUACUCUAAUGGCUUAAUGCAUCGGUUGC